UCUGAAAUAAACACCCUCAGAAGGACUCUGCUGUAGCUCUCUUCACUAGUGCGCUGUCUGGCCUGCUGUAACUGCUUUGCUUUCUUAAGAUGAAGAAUGAUAUGGAAAUUCAGUUUUCAUCAGUUCUUCUGCUAGCACAUUUCUGCCUUGCACAGACUGAUUACGCACCCUAUUUCUAUGACAAUGGGCCUAACAGUAACAAUGGUAAUAUGGCACUGUUAAAUCUCUCAGAGGACACACCAAAAGGAACACAGAUAUAUAUUCUUAAUGGAACCGAUCCAGAAGGCCAGCCAGUAAAGUAUGGAAUGACCUUUGAACCCGGGUCCAAAGAAUAUUUUCGUGUCCAUCCCAAAUCUGGAGCAGUAACUCUAAUAGAGGAACUUGACAGAGAGGCACAAGAUGAGAUUGAAGUCUCUGUCAGUAUCUCAGAUAGCCUUAAUAAAGUAGCUGAAAAGGUUUCAGUUUUUGUCAUGGAUGCCAAUGAUGAGAGUCCACAGUUUCAGAACAUGCCUUCCAUUGUAGAUGUCCCUGAGAACACUACAUCUGGGAAUAGCAUCUACAAAGUGCAGGCAGUGGACAGAGACACCGGCUCAGGGGGAUCAGUCACUUACUUCCUCCAGAGCAGUGAACCGAGCACAAAGUUUGCCAUUGACCAUCAUAGUGGUGUGUUACGGAUAAAACCAGGUGAAACCCUCGAUUAUGAGAAAUCCCGCACACAUUUCAUCACUGUGGUGGCAAAGGAUGGAGGGGGUAUUUACAAGGGAAAGCAACAAGUGAUGUCAUCAUCUGCCACUUUGACUAUAAAUGUGAUUGACACUCAAGACACUCCUCCUGUGUUUGUUGGGACUCCUUACUUUGGUUAUGUCUAUGAGGUCUCCUCACCUGGAUCUGAGAUAUUUACUGUUUUUGCCAAAGAUGGAGACAUGGAUAAUCCAAAUCCAAUCAUGUAUUCAAUAGAUUCUGGAGCAGAUGGUGUUUUUGCCAUCAAUCAAACCAGUGGAUGUAUCAUUCUGAAGGUGUACCCAGCAGACCUGAGGAGAGAAGUCUAUAAUAUUAAAGUCAAGGCUUUAGAGGUUAGUCCAGAAGGAAAACGCUUGGACAUUGCAGUCACCACAGUGACCAUUCGGGUAGUGGAUCUGAACAACCAUCCACCCACAUUCUUUGGACAGAAUGGACCACAGAACGUGUUUGAGUUAACUAUGUAUGAGCAUCCUCCAGAGGGAGAGUUCCUGAGAGGCUUGAAAAUAACAGUCAAUGACUCCGACCAGGGAUCAAAUGCAAAAUUUCACCUCAGACUGGUGGGCCCAGGCCGCAUGCUACGAGUGGUUCCUCAAACCGUCCUGAAUGAAGCCCAAGUCACUGUCCUGGUAGAGGAUUCUGCAGCAAUGGAUUUUGAGAAAUCACAAUUCCUGACAUUUAAGCUCCUCGCUGUAGAAGUUGACACCCCUGAGAGAUUUAGUGCCACGGCAGACAUAAUCAUUCAUCUGCUAGACACCAAUGAUAAUGCUCCCAAAUUCUCCUCUGAUUUUUACAUCGCCCGGAUUCCAGAAAAUUCGCCCGGAGGAUCCAGUGUUGUGUCUGUGACAGCCACAGAUCCUGAUUCUGGUCUUUGGGGUGUGGUCAGAUACUCCAUCUAUGGCUCAGGAUCAGACCUUUUUUUCAUUCAGCCUGAUUCUGGAAUCAUCUACACUCAGCCCUGGGCCAGUCUGGACACCGAAGUCAAAUCCAAGUAUAACUUCUAUGUGAAAGCCGAAGAUACUGACGGAAAAUACAGCCUUGCAGAAGUCUUUGUCACCAUUAUGGACCUCAAUGACCAUUCACCAGCAUUUCAUGAAAACUCUCUGGAGAAAACGAUGGUGAUUGGUGCACCAGUGAAAAUAGAGGCAAUUGAUGAAGAUGCAGAAGAGCCCAAUAAUGUAAUUGAAUACUCCAUCAUGAAGUCUGACCCAGAUGACAUAUUUAACAUUGAUGCAGACACAGGAGAAAUAAAACUGAAGCCGUACAUCAAAUCCAUGGACAUAGUGCAGAAUAUUACCAAUCACAAAGAAUGUACCUGGACUGUGGUUGUUCAGGCCAAAGACAGAGGUUCACCUUCCUUCAGCACCACUACGGUGGUUAAGAUUGACAUCACAGAAGCGACUCAACUCAAGGGACCUUUGACGUCCUUUUUAUUGAAAAGUAGGGAAAAUCCCUUGCAAUUGCUAGGCUUGAUCAGUGGUGUCAUUAUAAUCAUGGUUUUAGUAACAGUUUUCAUAUCUACUAUUUUGUACAUGAGAAAUGUAAAGUCCAACAAGAUCCUACCCUCCCGUCGCAUUAUAAAAAGAAAGCGUAAACCCCGAAGACAAGAAGACUUCCAGCAACCAUUCAGAGAGGAAUGUUAUGGAGGUAAGUUUAGAAAUGAGGAUCUGGAGAGCCCUACAGCAGACAAUAUCAACUUUAACAAUAACGUCAAAGUGUGUUCUCAUCGAGCCCCUCCGUCGCCUCCUAAUGUCCCCAUCAUGCCCCCGCCGUUGCCAACGCACUAUAGACACGGUGAACGGGGGUGGACGGUACCUACAGUUUCUGCCUCAGUGGCCUCCAAGGCAAAGAAAAAAUCUCAAAGGGGAAAAGACAAUACUGUCAACACAGCACUGGUUUCUGAACUCAAACUUAGACUGGAGCAGAAAAACAUGGCAAACCGAUACUGAUGAAAUGCGUGUAUAUAAAUACCAAUGUUCAGUGGAGAGAAGACUUGUCCCUCUGCUAAUUCUCUGUCAUGUUUCUUCUGACCAAGGAGAUUUAAGGCAAGAUUUGAGCAAGAACAAGAUCUCAGCAAGCCAGCUCUGGAAGCUUCUUACUGUACAAUAUGUUUUCUAAUGCGUGCAGUUUAGCUGGAAUUGCAGGUUGAACCUAGUUGAAAUGAGGCAAAGUGUCCCUAGCCAAGACUAACACCCUGAUAAUCGGCAUGCUAGGACUCUGUGUACUGCCCUCUUCUGGAUGGAAAAUAAUUGGUUAAUGUUUACUGUAUGUUUCUCAAACAGUUCAUGCAUACAUACAUGCUUUUUCUUUUUUUUUACUUUGGAUAACUGGCAUGGAAAUUUAAUUAUGACUAUGUUUUUUUCUUUGUUAGUUUUUAAAGGGAUUUUUUUUGUGUGUUGCUGAGGCCAGUAAACACAUGCAUUCUGAUUAUCAUAUGGUAUCUUUUAGACCUUGAAUAAACACUUGCAAUGCCAAAUUCUGAACAAUAAUUCGCUGGUUUAUUUAGUAAAUGAUUUUGACUGAUGGACCCCUGAAAAUCACAAGCAGAUAGGAUAUUACAUAAUUAUUUAAGUAAAUAGUUAUCUUCCUGGCCUUUAUUGAGGAAAACCAGCAACGUUACCAAAUUGUGCAAUGUUUCAUCAAUUUAAUGUCAUUGUUUAUGAAGUUUAGUAUGAAAUGUCAAAUAAUCGUUGGAUUGAUCUCUGUUUAUAUUCAACCUUUUGUA